GGGCGGCUGUCCGUCCCCGCGACUGAGGCGCGGGGUUGAGGGGGGGGGGAGGCGAGGGAAGAGGGGCGGGACGGAGCGCGCGAGCAUGUGAAGAUGGCGGAGCUGCAGAUGCUGCUGGAGGAGGAGAUCCCCGGGGGGCGCCGGGCCCUCUUCGACAGCUACACCAACCUCGAGCGGGUCGCCGAGUACUGCGAGACCAACUACAUACAGUCAACAGAUAAGCAACGGGCCCUAGAAGAAACCAAAGCAUAUACAACACAGUCUUUAGCUAGUGUAGCCUAUUUGAUCAACACCUUGGCCAACAAUGUUCUACAGAUGCUGGAUAUCCAGGCAUCCCAGCUUAGGCGUAUGGAAUCUUCAAUCAACCACAUUUCGCAAACAGUUGACAUACAUAAAGAAAAAGUGGCCAGAAGAGAAAUUGGCAUCUUGACCACAAAUAAAAACACUUCAAGAACUCACAAAAUCAUUGCACCAGCCAACCUGGAGAGACCAGUUCGCUAUAUUAGAAAACCUAUUGAUUAUACAAUCCUAGAUGACAUUGGACAUGGGGUGAAGUGGUUGCUUAGAUUUAAGGUUAGUACACAGAAUAUGAAAAUGGGUGGCCUGCCUCGUACCACGCCACCCACCCAGAAGCCACCCAGUCCGCCAAUGUCAGGGAAAGGAACGAUUGGGCGUCACUCUCCCUAUCGCACACUGGAGCCAGUGCGUCCUCCAGUGGUACCAAAUGACUAUGUACCUAGCCCUACCCGUAAUAUGGCUCCCUCGCAACAGAGCCCUGUUAGGACAGCUUCUGUGAAUCAGAGGAAUCGCACUUACAGCAGCAGUGGGAGCAGUGGAGGGAGCCAUCCUAGCAGUAGGAGCAGCAGUCGAGAGAACAGCGGAAGUGGGAGUGUGGGAGUCCCUAUUGCUGUCCCUACUCCGUCCCCUCCCAGUGUGUAUCCAGCCCCUGCCAGUUCUGCUGGCACUUCUCCCCUUCCUGCUACUUCUGCCCCUGCUCCCACUCCUCUCACUCCUGCAACUGCCCCAUCCUCUGCUGCCCCAGAUGCUGCUGCCGCUGCUGCAGGGGCUCAGCCCCUUGCCGAUGGCUUCACAUCUCCAACUCCCCCUGCUGCUUCUUCCACUCCUUCCGCAGGUCAUCCUGUUCAGUUCUACAGCAUGAACAGACCUGCUACUCGGCACACCCCUCCAACAAUAGGGGGCUCUUUGCCGUACAGGCGUCCUCCUUCCAUCACUUCGCAGAACAGCCUUCAAAACCAGGUGAAUGGAGGACCCUUUUAUAGCCAGAACCCAGUGUCUCUUGCGCCACCGCCUCCCUCUAUCCUACAGGUAACUCCUCAGUUACCACUCAUGGGAUUUGUGGCCAGAGUUCAGGAGAAUAUUUCAGACACACCUCCACCCCCACCCCCGGUAGAUGAGCCAGUUUUUGAUGAAUCCCCCCCACCACCACCUCCUCCAGAAGAUUAUGAGGAGGAAGAAGCCGCUGUGGUAGAAUACAGUGACCCAUACGCUGAAGAGGAUCCACCGUGGGCACCAAGGACCUACUUGGAGAAAGUUGUGGCGAUCUACGACUACACUAAAGACAAGGAAGAUGAACUCUCCUUUCAGGAAGGUGCCAUCAUCUACGUCAUUAAGAAAAACGACGAUGGUUGGUAUGAAGGGGUGAUGAAUGGAGUAACGGGACUCUUCCCAGGGAACUACGUGGAGUCCAUCAUGCAUUACUCAGAGUGAAGACAGCCACAAAGAGGCAGAUUUGCACCUUGCUUGCCAUGAGGUUGUUGGGCUCCCCAGAUCUUCUCCAGCGGCUGGGGGGCCCUGUCAAAUGAACUGAAGGAAGGAAGGAUCAUUGUAAACAAAACCACUCUUUAUUUUUUUUGUUUUGCUCCCCCCUCCCCCAACCAUUUUAUAAAAUAGUGAUUUGAGUUGUUUUGGAGAAAUGGCUCUUCCAUUUGCCAGCGGCGGCUGGGCUGAGCUGAACGACGUAUUUGAAUAAGCUGACCGAUUCGGGUGUAGAUAUAGGAGAUGUAACGAACUUGCCAAUUAACCGAUCCAUUGCUCAAAUUGUGACCCAUUCAAUCAAGACAUGGGAUUUUUCUCAGGAAUAAUGUAAGCCCUGGUAUUGGGACAUCCCAGAUGCCAGUGCUGAAGGGUUGGCUUCGAUAGGCCAUCCACCCCCCUCCCUCUUUGCCUUUCCCCAAGUCCCCAUUCUUCACUCUCUUACUAUUGGAAAGAGUGUUAUUGUACUGGCAAACAUUUUGGGGUUCGCACACCAACUGGAUCUCAGGUUGGUUCCUUGCAUCUCUGACCCAAAACACUUCUGCAGCUGUUCAGCGCAUGUAGCCUGACCCAGGUGCACACGGAGCUGGUUUCGAAUCACAUUCCUCUUGCUUUGAGAACACAGGAAGUUGUAGCUUUCUGCUUGGCCUCCUGUUAUAUAGAUCCUUGAAAGCUUCGAGCGAGGCCUCUCUCAUUUGGUGAAAUGGUUGUUAAAAAGUUGGAAGGAAGAUGAAGCUUGAAAUUAAGAUUUGGGCUGCCUCCCUAUUUGGAAAAAUAUCCAGGGAAUAUUUUGCACCCUCCUCUCUUGAUAAGUGACAUAUUGUCCAGAUUCUGCUUUCAGAAUACGUAUAAGCCACACCUUGUGGUUUCACAUAUCAGGCUUCAGCCCUGCUUCUUCUCCCGAAGGCUGGCUGCAAUCUUCUGAAAUUACCUCAUGUUUUAUAGUUUGGGGAAUUAGAAUAGAGAAGAAUUCAAUAUCUCUAGAGGUGGGGGAAGUUUGAAUUCAUUCAUAAGUUUCAGCUAAAAGUUUGAGCUGUUUGGCUCAAAUAUCAUCAUGCAUACCAAUCGGAUGGUACAAUUCGACUUCAGUGCAUAUCAUGAAAGGCUUGUGGAGGCAGGCAGACAAAUGUGGCCGAGGCCUGUUAGCUGAUCUUGCUAGGAAUCCGGAGGGCUGCCUUCUGUUUUGGUUUCCUUUGAAGGCAAAUUAGAAACGGAAAAGAGCUUGAGCUACCUUUUCUCCAGUCUUUCAGAUGGGUGUUUUCCUUAAAUGUGAUGAGAAGCCUGCUGUCAUGGCUUCUUAAGUUUUAAGGCCAAACUUGAUGACACGUGAAAUGUCUUUGCUUUUGGUUAAAUUGCAGCUGUCCUAUUCAGGAUCAGGCAUGGGAUAGUAGCCCAACCAUUCCCCCCCACAUCACGGUUCCCUCAAAAAUAGCCUUUUCCAAGCAGUUGUUAGUUGCAGAAGGACAUUGCUUCCGCCGUCAAUGGCAGGUUCCCUUUCAUACAGAGAGCAGCCUUGAAAGGAAUCCCUGUAAUUUUUGAUGGAACCAUGAUGUGGAAGAAAAUGUGUGUCCCCCCCAUAUGCCACAGCCCCAAUCCUGACCCCCAUAACAGCAACCCAAAUGAACCAUGGAUAUGCAAAAUUCAACCACACCUCUCCCUGACCUGUUGAGUCUUCACUUCAAUAGUGACUGAAAAGUGAUGAACCUGGAACCACAUGUUAUGCUAGCCUGCCUUUCUUAACACCAACUAGCCAAAAUUCCAUGAGACCAGCAAAAAUGUGGUUUUGCAGGCAUCUAGUUCCUCUAUCUGCGCAGGCUGUCUUGGCUUACCCUCUGCAGCUGGUGUGCUCGGAAAUCUUCUUCAUCAUGCUUUGCUUGAGCCAGGAGCAGAAGUCAAGCGGUACCAAGAAUCAAGCGUAGAUUUUAUGUAUCUCCCAACUGCACAGUUUGCUUAUGUGGGGAGUGCCUUCAAAGAUCGCAGAAUCAGUGCUCCGAGCAGCUCUAGCCUCACUAAAAUGGGAUGGCUUUCAGGACUGGCUUCCUUGAUGGAGUCAAGGCUUUAUGGGGCUGUAGCCCUAUAGGCACUGGAGCAUUAGGGCAAAUUUCUGGCAUGAUCAGUCUUUACUCCCUGCACAGAAUGCGCAUGAUAAGACUCCUACAUAUCUACAUUGGUGCAUGCUCUGUCUACCGUGAGAGGACGUUGUCUUCUAUUAUGGCCGCGAUGCAACCAUGCACAUAUGUAGGUAUCGGCAUGUGUAAUGUUCUGUCUGUGUUGGGAUGCACACGGGCCCGAGACCACAGCUCGCCACACGAAGAACCUGCACGGAGAUGCAGACUUCUGCAUAUGUGCUCCUCAAGGCCCUUGCUCAGCUCAACAUGAUAAACCCUUGGCACUCUCAUCUGAUUCUGUGCAGGAGGAGGCAAGUCUUGGAUAUUGUUCUGGGCUUUGAUGCAGAAUGCCUGCAAGAGAACUAGGUCCUUGAAAGAAAAACGGGGAAAGAAAUGUUAUUUUCCCUUCUGCGCAAAGCACAUUGUGUACCUGCAAGGUAGCUUGCUAUGUUGCAAAGAGCUUUUAUAGCCGUGAAAAAUCCAAAGGAAACGAGGCAGGAUAAUGAGGAUGCUUGAAUUAGAGUUUCCUUCUUCUCCAACUGCUCCUGCGGGGAGGGGAGCAUCCCCCACCACCCUGUUUGGGGACCCAUCUUAAUUUCCGCCAUUGUUGAUGCACUUUAAGUCUGGUACUGGGCCCUUGACUUCUCGAGAAUAAAAAGGUAAAGGUAAAGGUACCCCUGCCCGUACAGGCCAGUCUUGCCAGACUCUGGGGUUGUGCGCCCAUCUCACUCAAGAGGCCGGGGGCCAGCGCUGUCCGGAGACACUUCCGGGUCACGUGGCCAGUGUGACAUCGCUGCUCUGGCGAGCAUAUUCUCGAGAAUACUUACCCCCAAUUAAACCUCACCCCAUUGCUCCCCCCCCCACACACAACAAAACAAAACAAAACAGGUUGCCUUAGUGUCGGAUUCGUCACAUCUUAAGAGAGUUCCUGUCUUCUUAGCCCUUCUGGAAAACGCCACAAUAUCGUUCAUCUUAGAUUAUACAGCUGACCAAACAGCAGACCUGCAGUUCCGAUGCCGAAAUAUCAUAAUCUGUCGCUUUUGAGGUUGCAGCUUGGUUUUAUUUCUAAGAGCAAGGGAAGUUGGCCUGGAGUGUAGGUCCAAUCCGGACAGAUUCCUCACGCGCACAAGUUGUUUGGAGAAGCUUCUGAGAUUGUAUCUGUAGUGGGUCCCCCCCUUUUUAAAAGUGCUUUCACUAUAGAAUUGGUUUAUAAGGAGCUUCUCUGCACUGGGUUUUUUUUUUAAAUGGUUGCAUUUCCUUGGUUGUGUGGAGAGGGACUCUGAUGAUUGUUGCCGGCUCCAGUGGGGGGCAAUGCCAAGUGUUGCCCUAGAAGACUUGAUCUUUGUGGCCGUUCCCCACAAACCUCCCGGGCCAGGAUCACUUUCCAUGAAGCUGCUGCAGACGGUCUUUCCAGAUUGCUCGCCUCUUGCUGGUCUUACGCUUUCUAUUCUGCAGUACUAACGUAAAGAACUUCCUUGGAUUUUACGCUUUUUUUAUUUUGUACAGUUUUGAAUUCUGUAGAAUGUUUAGGGACGAUAUGUACCCGGCCCAAAGUAAUCAGACUUUGUAUGUAUGUAAUGUUGCAUAGACUGCAUGCUAUUUCAAGUCAGUGAGGGUGGUACUCCAUCUAUCGGUUGUAAUUUCCUCUAAACGUUCCCUUUUUUAAUUUAAUGUUGACUUCUUUUUUAAAGAAAAGGGGGUGGGUGGGGGACGUGAAAAAGAGGGUGGGGGGACGGGCCUGGGAAAUUGGAAAUAAAAUCAUUUUCUCCCCAUAGAGUCCUGCUUUCAAAAAUCAAAUUGAGGUGUUAAAAGUUGUGAUGAUUUGAUCAUUUGCUUUCAGCCUCUUAAGUGCAAACAGUGUAAGAGUUCUAUGUAUGAUCCGGUAUCAAGCUCCUUAUCAUUUAUUCCUUCAUAAAAUGGCUUUCAUUCCCUUGGCCUUCCUUCUCCCACCCAUGCAAGUAAUGGAUCCAAGAUGUGUGUGUUUUUCCUGCCGCUCGCAUUGGCUUCCCGCUUAAAGACAAAAUCUCGGUUUCCACAACACCGGGAACAAAUCCUUCCAAGCCAGAAGAGUUGCCAAUCUAGAGUAGGAAUGAUGUAUCGCUGAAGUCUUUGCUUCCGGUUGGUGGUUCUUUCCAGGGGCUGCCUCUGCUCUGCUUUGUGUAAACUUACCACUGUCCCCCUAGUUUUGCUCCUGAAGCCUUGCGCACAUGCUAUGUAAAGGGGAAGAGGGACCAAGACCGUACUCCACGGCUCAGCGUGGCACAGAAGGUGCUCUGAAGACCUGCAAGUGAGUUUCGUCUUGCUACCUUGGACUAUAGUAGCAAUGUUUAGAAGGUGGGGGGAGAAGAGAAUUUAAUAAGAGGCUCACGAAACGUUGGCUGCCAGUUUGCAGAUGCUAUGCGCUGCUAACGCUCAGGUUCGGUGCCAUCACUCGAACAUGCGGAUGGCCUGCUUUUCUAUAUUUGCCCCCCUUCCCCCCAUUUUGGAUUAUGUCAUGAUGAUAUUAAAAAGUCCCUUUGUUUCCGAUUCUCUUCUGUAAUCUUGCAUGCAAAUAUUGGGGAAACCCAGGCCUGUCCGUUAAUGGGACGUUGCCUGAUGGCAGAUCCCCAUCAUUGGAGCAUCGCUGAGGACCUUGAGUAAAUGGGUCCCUUUCCACAAGGUUUUGGGGUGGAAUGAACCUUGGGAGCUGUUGAGUUUUCGCAUCAACAUCUAGCUGUGUGGGGUGAGUCUCUCCGCCCCAAGGGGGAUAACGGUUGCCAACUUACUCUCUUUAAAGUAACCAUUUCUUACCUGGGCUGCCAUCAUUCAAUUUUUGAAGUGGCAUCUUCAGUAAGUAGAACUGACUUCUAGUGUUUUCCAAUCUCUGCCGGGCGAAAGCCUUAAAUGUUCAGUUUUUCUCAGUGUUACCCCAUUGAUCAAAGCAGCUAACACUUUCCCCUGCAGGAAAGGGGGGCGAAUUCUAAAUUUCCCUGAGCAAAUUCUGCCAGGGAAAACCAACCAAGGGCAUGGCUAGGUUUGGUGCUAAAAUUGAAUGGAGCAUGAUGUAUGAAUGGAAAUAGGGUGUCUUCCAAUUUGUAGUUUCUGGGGCAGCCUUUGAACAUAGAGCAGUAUUUGAAAGUGUCAUAAGCUUAAUGAGGGGCAUGAUUACUUUAAGACUUGAUAACCGGGGGGUGAUUUCUCAGUGAUGCUGGUUAACCUCUCGGUGUUAACUUUGUGUGUGGGAGACAUAAGAGGCAGGCAUAGAUGUUAAAAAACAGUGCACAGCUCAUAUCCUAAAUGAAGGAUUGUUCACGAGAAAUGAUUCCUUGCAAAUGAGAGAGAAUGGGGUGGUAGCCAACUCGUAGGUUUUACUCAUAAAUGGAUCCGUUGAAAUUAAAGAAAUGUGACCAAUUUCAGUGGGCCUACUGUGAGUAGAACUUAGUUGGAUAACACCCAUGACUCUUAAACCUGCAGUAUUAAGACACUCACUUUUUCCAAAUGAGGAGUGUUGCGGUAUUUAAAUGCAAAAUGAAGCUAACUGAUGUUGCCUAAAUCUAGGUCGCCUUGAUAUUUUUAUUUCAAAGGCCAGAUUUUCCUAGGCAAAUGAAAUUUGGAGAGACUGUCAUUUUUACCUGAGUAUUAGAUUUACCAUCUUCUGCAGCUGCUAUUAUGUGUAUGCAGCAUUUGACCAUACCUUUGUUUGUAGUUAACGUGCUUUCUUGAGAAGAAUGGCAUAUAUGCCUCUCUUUUUUCCUAGCGCCGUUUCUAAAGGUAGCAAACCGGCAUGCCUUGAGACGAGCAUAAAAUUUUGAGACCAGAGUUGUGCUGGACCGGAGAAUGAAAUUGUAUGCAGUUCAGUGAUUCUUUUCUUAUUGAUGAUGCUAUCUAUCGUGUGUACCAAAUUCUAAGAGACCGGGUAAAAAGCACAGGCGGGUUUCCGUUACGAUCUUGCUGAAUGCUCGUGGAUGAGAUAUCUCGAUGAUCAGGUGCUUAUUUUUCUCACGUAACUAUCAUUGCUUGUGUAUGGAUAGGUUUCUGAAACCUAUCGCAAUGGAAACAAACUAUAAUUUGGUUUACACUGAGCAACUUCUGCUACUAGUGGCAAGUGUUUUUUUCCUGAGCUCUUGUGGUGACCUCAUAGAUGGUGAGAAUUGUGCAGGAUUCUAAAGAAAGCCCUGUUAAUUAUGUUUUACUGUGUGUGCCAUUAAACCACCUUCCAACGAGUGAGGGAGCAUAAAUUUUUAAGAGUUUUUAAACUGUAUUUGGAAUUAACUGUUGCUGUGUACUAAACCCUCUUGUUACAAGUCCUAAAUAAAAAAAGAAAGCACACUCCAAUCCC